AUGAAUAAAGAAGGUAUUAUAGCAAUUAAUAAGCCAUCUGGAUGGAUUUGCACACAUAUUUUGAAAGAAUUGGAAAAAAUUUUAAGAAAAUCUCACUUUUAUCAUGAAUUUGUUAAUAUUUCACAAAAUCAACACCAUAAACGCCAACGAAAAUCAAGGAAAUUAGAUUGUAGAAGAAUCAAGCUUGGUCAUGGUGGAACUUUAGAUCCUCUAGCUAGUGGGGUACUUGUAAUAGGUAUUGGAAAGGGUACAAAAAAUCUUGAACAGUUUUUGCAAUGUACUAAAGAAUAUCAAGUAACUGCACUUUUUGGAUGCUCAACAGAUACAUACGACUCUAAUGGAAAAGUGUUAAAACGAAUGCCAUGGUCUCAUUUAACUAAAGAUAUUGUUGAGAAAGCACUUGAUAAUUUUAAAGGUAAUAUAUUACAAAAACCUCCAAUUUAUUCUGCUUUGCAUAUGAAAGGAAAGCGUUUAUAUGAAUAUGUAAGAGAAGGACUUGAGCUUCCGGAAGAGAUUAAACCUCGACCAGUUGUUGUUGAAUCAUUUGAUAUUAUAAAAUGGACACAUAAUCACGAAUGGAAAGAGCCAAAAGAUAACAAUAAUGCAGAAGAAGAUUUAGAAAGUAAUUUAAAGGAACAAAAUACUGUAAACCAAAAAGAUAGUAAAUUUAGUUCAUUUAAAGAUGAUCAAAUUAAAAUUGCAGAUAAUUUAUCUGAUACUAACAAAAAACAAGAAUUAUCAGAUAACGCUUUUACAUCUUUAGAGCAAAAAGCACCAGUGGCAACAUUUCGUGUAGUUGUCUCAUCUGGUACAUAUAUUCGGUCUCUUAUUCAUGAUCUUGGAGUGUUUUUAGGUUCUGCUGCACAUAUAGUAGAGCUUAUUCGAUACCGUCAAGGAAAAUAUAAAUUAAAUGAAAAUACUAUAGAUUGGUCAAAAUUUGAAAAUGAAGAAUGGGAAAAUGAUUUUAUAAAAGCAAUUUCAUCAAAAAAUAAUUUAGAUCCUUAA